AUUGGGAAUCCAGCAGCAGAGCCACUCGAAAACCAUGUCCCUGUCCUCUACUUCCACUUCAUCUUCUUUCCGCCCAAAUCUCAAUUCCAUUUCCAUUCCCAAGCCCAGAACCUGCUUCCUCUGUAAUCCGAUUCCGACUUCUCCGGCGAUUCUCCUCCUCCGCCGCCGCCGAGCCUUGUCCGUGAGAUCGUACAUGGAGAAUCCGAAUUCUCUGUCCGGAUUCGCGAACAAGGUCAUCGGUUCUCUCCCGGUGGUCGGCCUGAUCGCCAGGAUUCUCAGCGACGAAGGCGGCGUCGGCACCGACAUUAUCGAUUUCGCCGAGUUUCGGAGACGAGUUGGGAAGAAAUGUACGGUCAUGGAUUCUAGGGCUUUCUACGAAUUUCAAAACAGAAGAGGCAAGGCAGGAGAGCCAUUGUAUGUUCUAUUGUGCUGUUGGCUGGCAGCUGUGGGAGCUGGUUUGCUUAAAACAGAGGAGAUUUUGGAGGGAGUGGCAAGGCUCAGGAUUUCAGAUGAUAUUGAAUUUGAAGAGGAGACUUUCCUUUCCAUGAUGAAUGAGGCUAGAGAGAGACGAGGAAAAGUAAAAGCUGCUACUCCAAACAUCCCGAUGCAGGUCCGAGUCGAGAAAGCUCUCGACGCUAUCUAUGUCUGUUCGUUCGGGAGAGAUCCGAUAGAGGAAGACGAUGAGAAACUGAUAGUAAUUAUGCUAAGUGCUGUGUUUCCAUCGGUUGGGCAAACUGAGAUUCAAAGGAUUGUGAAAGAGAAGGCAGUUAGAAUUGCUGAAGGCAAAGACAGUGCCAUUGUUCCUGAGCCGAAGCCUUUGUCAAAAGAAGCCAUUUUGCUGCAAAUGAAGGACCUCCAAUUCCUCCAAGAGAAGAGUGAGACUUAAUAAUGAUGAUUAUAUUGAGUUGCAUAAUUUGUAAGAAUUGAAUUUUCUGCUGCACGGUUCUCUUGUCUAGAAAAUAUUGCCUGUUAAUUACGAUAUCAAUAUGGUUCUAGAUUAGAGUAGUGAGUUCGGGUAAAAUCGAGUUGAUAUAAUUUGCUCAUAAA